AUGGCACAGGGGUCCGAAUCGAAGCCCAAUGGCACAUCGCCAUCAAGCUUCCAAUCUGCUAAUCAAGACCUCGAUUACGAUGUCUUGAUAGUUGGUGGCGGCCUCAGUGGGAUCUUUUCACUUUAUCGAGUGCGGGAACUGGGGUUGAGAGUAAAAGUCCUUGAAGCCGGUUCUGCCGAAGGAGGCACUUGGUUCUGGAACCGAUAUCCUGGAGCUCGAUUUGAUUCAGAGAGCUAUUCCUACAUAUUUUCCUUCUCUCAAGAAGUGUUGGAUGAGUGGGAUUGGACUGAGCAUUUCUCGCCUCAGACGGAGACUCUACGCUACAUCCAGUACCUCACCAAGAAGUUCGACCUGAAAAAGGACAUGCAAUUCAACACGCGUAUCCGGUCAGCUCGCUUCCAGGAAGACACAAGGUCUUGGCUUUUGACCGAUGGAAACGGUGCCACUUACACAUGCCGUUACCUGGUGACAGCGAUGGGUAUUCUCAACGAACCCACUCUGCCAAAUAUUGCCGGAGUUCACAACUACAAGGGAGAAGCAUGGCACACGGCCCGCUGGCCUGGAGACGGCGCCAGUCUUGACGGCAAGCGCGUGGCCAUCAUCGGCACAGGCGCAACUGCCAUCCAGACGAUCCAGGAAAUUGUCAAGACAGUUGGCUCUUUGACUGUAUUCCAGAGGACGCCCAAUUGGACUGCACCACUACGGAAUACAAAGAUUAGUCCAAAGGAGAUGGCCGAUAUUCGGAGGCGGUAUCCUGAGAUCUUCCGUCAGUGCUUGGACUCUUACUCGUGUUUCAUACAUGUCGGUGACACAAGAAGUGUCUUUGACAUGGAAGAAAAAGAGCGCCUGGACCAUUGGGAGGAACUUUAUGCACAGCCUGGGUUUGCAAAGGUGCUCGGCAUCUCAGGCGACAUUUAUACCAACCGCGAAGCGAACAAACUGUACAGUGAUUUCCACGCAAACAAAAUCCGCCAACGCGUCAACGACCCCAAAGUUGCAGAGAAACUUAUUCCGAAGAAUCACGGUUUCGGCACUCGUCGAGUCCCGCUUGAAAGUGGCUACUAUGAGGCAUUCAACAGACCGAAUGUCAGCUUGGUUGAUAUCACAGAGACCCCUAUCGAUCACAUCACGGAAAAGGGAAUCAAGACGAGCGAGGAAGACUUUGAAUUUGAUGUCAUCAUCUACGCAACAGGGUUCGACGCCAUCACUGGAUCGUUCCGGGCUGUAGACUUCCAAGGUAUCGGGGGCAAACAACUCACAGAUGUUUGGAGCGAGGGGAUCCAAACUUUCCUUGGCUUAACUGUCAAGGGAUUCCCUAACAUGUUCAUGGUUAUGGGACCGCACCAGAUGUUUGGCAACAUCCCCCGCAGCAUCGAGUAUGCCGUAGAGUGGGUUGCAGACUUCAUCCGGUAUGCUCGAGACAAUAACAUCACAUCUGUUGAGGCUACAGAUGAAGGUGUCCGCAUGUGGACGGAUCAUGUAUGGAAAUGCGGAGAAGGUCUUCUGGCUAACGAGGUGGACUCUUGGAUGACAGGUGUCAACAAGAACCUCGCUCAUAAGCAGAAGAGGUCUAUGACACGGUAUAAUGGGCCUGCACCUGGCUAUAGAAAGCGGUGCGACGAGGUGAAGGCCAGGAAUUAUUCUGAUUUUGUGCUUGGAUGA